AUGUCUCCUUACCAACUUGUAUAUGGGAAGUCAUGUCAUUUGCAUGUAGAGAUAGAGCAUAAAGCAAUAUGGGUGCUAAAGAAGUUGAAUUUGGAUUGGGGUGCCGCAUCGAGUCAAAGAUUGAAUGACCUGAAUGAGCUUGAUGAGUUUCUCCUAAAAGCAUAUGAGAGUUCAGCCAUAUACAAGGAGAAGAUGAAGAAGUACCAUGAUGAGAAGAUAGAAAAACGUGAAUUUGUUGCGGGGGAUCUGGUGCUCUUAUUCAACUCAAGGUUGCACUUGUUUCCUGGCAAGCUCAAGUCCAAGUGGACUGGGCCAUUCAGAGUCACUCAGGUAUUUCCACAUGGAGCGAUUGAGCUCGAGAACAAGGAAGGGACUAGGUUCAAAGUGAAUGGGCAGAGGAUCAAAGUCUACUUGGGGAAAUAUGAGAUUGUGCAAGAAGCGAUUGAGGCCUACUAUCUUGAUGAAGUCUGA